UAGUUUCCCAGCUCUGGAUAAAUAAAGUAAAUAUCUAUCUGUCUUUAUAUCUAUAAAGGUUGACAGAUUCAAAUAUACAUAUAAUACAUAUUUAUAUCCAAUCCGCCGAUGUAUCUUGUACUCCCUAAUAUCGAUUUCGAUAUCGGUCCCAAAAAAAUCCAUAUAUCGGUGGGGCUAUACCCUCGGGGGGAGAUUGUGCAGAGUGAGUGUUCUCCUUCUCAUCAAACUAUCUCUGAUGCGCCAUGAUGACGCUGCUACGUCCGACGUCGCUGUCCAGGACAGCCAAUCACAGCGCGGCUCAAGGUAUUGCAGCAGAGUUCGCGUGUUGUUGACGCCGCGGCCGCUUUGUAAACAGAGCGAGAAGACGUCGUCUCUUCCCGGUUCGACAUGAACAGCGUCGGGGAGGCCUGCACCGACCUCAAGCGGGAGUACGACCAGUGCUUCAACCGCUGGUUCGCCGAGAAGUUCCUGAAGGGCGACCGGAGCGGGGACCCGUGCACCGAGACCUUCCGGAAGUACCAGCGGUGCGUGCAGAAGGCCAUCAAGGACAAGGACAUCCCGAUCGACGGGGUGGAGUUCAUGGGCCCCAACAAGGACAAACCCGAGAGCUGAUGGCUGCAAGGGAGGGGGGAGGGGGCGGACCCGGACCCGGACCCCGACCGGUCGUACCGACACCCGAACACCGCGCUGACCGGGCACUGUGUCCACGAGGCCCACUGAGCAUGCGCAGAUGCGGCGUGUGGCUCGAAGGCGCCCGACAGCCGAAACGACCGAUCUUUAAAUCGAUCGAUCGAUGGACAGGAAAUGAAGCAGCGACCGUUUGUGACGAUCGAUUGUUUGAGAACGUUUUUCACUGCGGACUGAAGACGUCUGGGUUGUUGACGCAUGUCAAUAAUCAAUAUUUAUGAUAAUACUAAUAACAGCGAUUGCAGAAAAACCAUUGGGCAUAUUUCUUUGAGGUUAUGAGCUUGUGAUGACGACACUGAGGAACUACGACGGACAUUUUAUUUUACCUUUGGGUGCUUUUUAAAGAUAAAAGAGCAAAUGAACGACAGGACGAAAGCUGGCGAUUGAUCAUGUCUCUAUUUGUUAAACCAUUUGUCUAAUAAUUGUGAACGUUUUUCUCUACAAAUGCAACUUUUCUGUUUUCGUCUCAGUAAACCUUGUCUUGUUGAUAAAAAAAUGAUUGAUGUUUGUUUUUAAAUUUCUUGAACCAACUCCAAGGUCUUUUUUAAAUUUCCUUUUCCGAAAUCAGGCCCUUCCUUUAAUUUCUUACUCUUGAUCUUUUAUAGUUAGAUUUUUGUAGGGCACGACUUCCACAUGUGAAACAUGUGAACAUCUGUUGACAGGUGUAGUUUCACAGAUUUAAACUGGUUGUGAUGUGUCUUUAAAAUGACAAGGUGGCUCCUCUAAACUGAGGCCAAAUCAUAACAAUCGCCCCCUGGUGUCUGGCUGCAGUACAGGUCAUAAGCCCCGCCCCCUCCGUGUUAGCAGGUGGGACAAGUACAAAAAUCUAAGUGGACGUUAAAGCUACAGUGUGUAAUAUUUAGAAGAACUUAUACCAAGAAAUUGUAUAUAUUGUCCAUAACUGUGUGUUCAUAUAUGUAUAAUGAGUUAAAUAUAGUCCAUGAGGUGGACCCGA